ACAACGAACAAAAAAAAAAACACAAACAAACACACCACUACUACCACACAGUUUAGCGACCGAGUUCUUCUGAGUCGACUCGUUCCGCCAUGGACGAGUCCACUACCGGCAUCAUCACCACCACAGAAGAAUCCGUAGUGGAGAAACCCGAGCUCUCUCUGGUCCCGCCACCGCCGUCAGAACCAGUCGACUCUCACUCUCAGUCUCACUCUGAGCUCACGACCGAAGAACUCGUCGCCAAGUCCAUCGCUCCAAUAAAGAAACACUUCCUUCGUCCUCCGCCUCUCAGAGCUUCCUCAAACGACGCCGUUUCCCAAACCACCGCCAACGCCGCACCAGCUCCGUCUCAAUCCUCCUUCGUCAAAGACAAAAAAUCCAAACGCCAACUCAAACGUGAACGCCGUCAGGAUCAAAAAUCAUCGAAAAAUAUCUGUCCUUUGAUUGCGAAAACCGGAGAUGUUACUUCAUGUCCAUACAAUGAUAAGUGCCGAUUUAGCCACGACGUUGAAGGGUUUAAAGCUCAGAAACCGGAGGAUAUAGAAGGGGAGUGCCCGUUUUUGGAUUCGGAGGAGCCGUGUCCUUAUGGCUUGGCUUGUAGGUUUUUGGGCACACAUAAAAGUAAAGAUAAAGAUGGUGUUUUGGGUGGUAAGAAGAAGAUGAGUGAUGAGUGUAAUGGGUUGAAUAAGGAUGUUCAGAAGCUUUUGUGGAAAAAUAAAAUGAAAUUUCCUAAGGCUGAUGCCAAACUCAAAGCUCUUGGUCUCCUGGGGAAGGCAAAGUCAAAAACGAAAAUUGUUGAAGAAAAGGAGGAGGAUGAAACUGUUCCAGGUACUUGUCAUGUCACUGAUGGAAAUGGUGUUAGUGAAGUGAACGGUGACUUGGAUACUAAAUUGGAAUCAGCUGAAGUGCCAGAAGAGGAUGAUCUAGAUAUAAAAGUUGGAUCUGAUGAACCACCCAUGAAGAAACCAAAAUCUGUAAUUGAAGAAAACGGAAACUCCGCUAAAGCCAACAAUGGAGAUGUGACUUUCAUGGAGAAAGUUGUUGGGGAAAGCUGUAUACAAACUGAACCAGAAGCUGGAAUGGAUGUUACAACUCCAGAAGGUGAUAGAAGCCUAAAGUUACACCCACGUGAAAAGAAGAUUAUCGAUUUUAGAGAAAAACUGUAUCUUGCACCUCUGACCACUGUUGGAAAUCUUCCAUUCCGAAGGGUUUGCAAAGUCUUGGGAGCAGAUGUAACAUGCGGUGAAAUGGCAAUGUGUACUAAUCUUUUGCAGGGUCAAGCUUCAGAAUGGGCACUGCUGAGAAGACAUUCUUCUGAGGAUUUGUUUGGUGUUCAGAUAUGUGGGGCAUAUCCAGACACUGUGACACGUGCUAUGGAACUUAUAGAUCAAGAAUGUACAGUGGACUUUAUUGAUAUAAACAUGGGGUGCCCAAUCGAUAUUGUAGUGGAAAAGGGUGCUGGAUCUGCUCUUCUUAAUAAGCCAAUGCGGAUAAAAAGCAUUAUAGAAGCAGCUUCUGGCACUGUGGAUAAACCUAUUACUGUCAAGGUGCGAACAGGUUUUUUUGAAGGGAAAAAUCGCAUUGAUUCACUUAUUACAGACAUUGGCAACUGGGGAGCUAGUGCAGUAACAAUACAUGGUCGAUCACGUCAGCAACGGUAUAGCAAGCUUGCCAACUGGGACUAUGUAUACCAGUGUGCCAGAAAAGCUCCUGAUGCUUUGCAAGUUAUGGGAAAUGGAGAUGUUUUCUCGUAUUUAGACUGGAACACACGCAAAGCUGAUUGCCCUGAACUUGCUACAUGCAUGAUUGCUCGAGGAGCACUAAUUAAGCCAUGGAUAUUUACUGAAAUCAAGGAACAGAGGCACUGGGACAUUACUUCUGGGGAACGAUUAAAUAUUUUGAAGGAUUUUGUGCGUUUGGGCCUUGAACAUUGGGGUUCUGACACAAAAGGAGUGGAGACAACAAGGCGAUUUUUAUUGGAAUGGCUUAGUUAUACUUGUAGGUAUAUACCUGUUGGUCUUUUAGAUGUCAUCCCUCAAAGACUGAACUGGCGCCCUCCCUCCUACUAUGGUCGUGAUGACCUUGAGACAUUAAUGGUCUCAGAUUCUGCAGCUGACUGGGUUCGGAUAUCCGAGAUGUUACUUGGCAAGGUUCCAGAUGGCUUCACAUUCGCACCAAAGCAUAAAUCUAAUGCUUAUGACCGGGCAGAAAAUGGCUAAUCUUAUGCGGUUCAUCGAUGUUGCCUUGAGGCAACUUUGUUUGGUAGAUUAAUAUUGGGUACACAAAAACAUUUCUUUGCUGGCACAUUCAACCCCAAUGGUUUUUUGCUGCAAUAAUGUUAUAUAUCUGAUAUACGCAUCAUCCCUCUCAUUGUGUGAGCCUUACGGUUGCAAGAGGAAAGCUGCAGAUAUAAGAUGCAUGAGAUUCCUUCCCCUUUUAUUGGAUGCCAGUGUGUUUAUAAUUGAAAGAUAUCUUAAGAUGUCUUUGGAUGCACAGCUCAUUGUUUGAAUAAAAGCAAAAAAGGAAAUGAGCAUUUAACGUUUUAUUGACAUCUCUACUGUAAUUUAAAGGUGGGGUUAACUGACCACCUAGAUUUUGAAGCUGUUCAUUUGUUAUUCAACAACACUGUAACUUUGUCACAGGCAAGCAUGCAAUUUUCAUGAGGUUGAAAUAUUGACUAAGACAAACUUGGUUUUGCGUA